AGCAGAUCAAUUUACUUAGACGCGGUUGUCUUUGGUGACAAGCUGCGGGCUUGGGACCUAUAUGAGCUCCCUCGGAGGCUCGCUUCCUAUUGUGUAGCUCAUGCCUCCUGCAAAGUCGCCCAAAGCUCGAGUCUUUGCAACCCUUCCGGCUGGUACAGUUUCCCCAGCAACCAGGACAUCAAACCGCAGUUCAACAGAUCGAUCAUCCUCCAUGUAGCCCUGCAAUUCCUCAGGCUUACUCCCAAGUAUGACAGUCUUCAAGAAACGGCCUCAGCUCCAAAAUGUAUGCUUCGUCUCGCCACCCAGCACAGAGAUCAUCCAUACCUAUCCCGAAGACUCCUUGGCGGACUCCGAGCGGGCGGCUAAGCGACGCAGAAUAGAGGCGGUUGCGCGCGAUGUCUUAAAAGAGAGGGAUGUGUUCAUAGCGUCUGCGUCCUUGCGAGGGCCCUUCGAAUCUGGAUGGGUAAAUCCUUGGAAAUUGAGUGGCCAGCACUCAAAGAGUACCAUAACAAACGCUACAGCGAUAGCGGACAGUCGGGACGAGUUCCAAAGGCAGGGUCACGACGCUUCAGCUAUACCAGACAGCGUGACGAGACAUACUUCCCGUCGAGGAUCAGAAUACUGCCAUGAUUGGUUAAGGAAUCAAAAAAACGCUGGUUAUUCCUCUGACUUGGGUGGCGAAGUUAAUGUAGCAUUGAGAGAUCAGACAGAUGAUGACUUUGAUGAGGAACAUACGAACUCAAGAUACUUCCUCGGAAAUAGGGAGCCGCGUAAAUCCCCGGAUAUUCAUGCACGCCAGCGAGCAUCAACAAUAGCAGCUUCUGAGUUUCCGCCAAAGAGCCUGAAGGUCAACGGGCCGAGUAGCGGAGCAAACCGAUCCAAUUCAGAGCAACCACCACGCAAAAGUCACCAUGGCAUUCUCGGCGCUUUCUACGACACCGGGAAUGUUCUUACCUUGAGUAAAGUUUCCAUGAUCAGUGAUGAUAAGCCAGUAGAAGUUCAACGUACGGAAGUGGAACUGAGAAAAGCGGACCAAACAUUGCGCAAAGGACCUGAUUUGCCUGGUUUCGUUUUCAAAGAUGAUGAAAAGAAACGCCAAAUGCCAAGAAGUAAAGGCCCAAAUCAGUCCAGGGCCUCAAAGGCUACAACGACAAGCACUCAUGAGCUUCACGAUCCAAGUGCUCACAUCCCAGCAUCUAUUGCAAAUGUCGCUUCGGUUAAAGAGAACCAAGAGCUCGCUGUUGGAGAUCAUGAGUCGCUUGCACAAGAGGGCGAGAUGCAAGAAGUUGUCGCAAUAUACACCAACGAUGAAGGGAGAUGGCCAUGUCCAUUAUCGUUCGGCCCGAAUAGACCAAAGGCAUAUGCUAGUCGCAGUGGUGUAAGAAAUCAUUUAAAAAAUAAGCAUGGGAUCAAUCACACCACGCUCACUAAAUCUAAAGACGUCGCUGCGGAAGUGAGUGAGGCUUCAAUACAUGUGACGGAGCCGGAUGACAAAAUAAAAUGUCCAGAUAAAGAGGAGCGAGCUUCAAAGGACAAUUCACAUUUUUAUGAAUCUGUCGCCGAGGAGUUACACCAGGUUGAAGAAGAUCCUGUUUCUAGUUCAAGUGCAACAGUUGUCUCCGAAAGACCAUCAACCACUCAGAGACGAAAUGAGCCCAGCGAACAGCUGAGACCGAGAGAACAUGAGAAGAAUGCUCAAAAAAUAAUGGAGUCCGUUCUAUCAGAUCAAGACGAUGUUCAAUUCCAAGCCCAGGAGAGCGAUGUAGCGCGUAGAACCUUCAGUUCGUCUGCCCUUGUCGUGGAUCAUGAACAUGGCGAUAAGGAUGCAAAUCUGCCAUCUAACAAGACAACCACGGAACUACCAAAUCGACAGGACUCUCGUGCUUAUUCUAUGUUCACUUGUAACGCGGAAAUGUCGACGCAGACAGAGUUGCUCCGCGCACAUCUGGCAUUUCAGGAAACACAAUCUGCUCAGAAAGCCGGCGGCAAUUCCGCUGAUUACAACGCUAGCUCAGCGGAAGGACGCUUCAGAGAAGGCGGCGGAGAGAUAUCUCCAGCUGCAAACAUUGCAACACCUUUCCGCUGCCCGGAUAUUCCAUCAUUCUUCAACCGACCACAGCCUGCGUCAUUGGCUCGCGUUGGUCCAGCAAGCACUCAGGAUCUCAUGGAUGCAGCCGCGGAUCUGAGCUGGAGCACGGUGAAAAAGCCGACACGCGAGCAGAAAAUGGAGAAGAAACGUAUCAGCUUUGCAGGCUGGCCUCAAACGAAGCCUUCGCUCCAAUCCAGAGGCUUCGAAAAGGAGGAAGAACGAUCGCCCUUGGCUUCGAAUACGCCGCUAAAUCCUACUCCUCGCAAGGACAACGUCUCCUCUCAGCCUCCCAUCACAACACCCGCACCCAAAUCAGUCCUGUCCAAGCAUUCUCGCUCCUUUCCGGCGACGUACCAGACGUCAGACCCCGCCCGGACACUCUCCAGCUUCAUGCACGCUCCCCGAUCCUCCGCGAUGGCGGCGCAAAGCACCGCGCCCAGCGCACCCUCCGCACUGCCCAUACCAAGCUACCAGGAGGCUCAGGGACCCAGCGAGACGGGCUACGACAGCCAAGAAAUCGAGGAGGCAUUGGACAUGGCGACGAGCUUUUUGAGCACUUGGGACGUGGACAGAGAGGUGGAGAGGAACGGCGUGCAGGCGGCAGCGACAAAAGCUUAGCCAUCUUGCUCCUGCGUCCGUGUCAUCCGAUCGGCUUUUGUCUGCCUGCGCCAGCCUCGGAACACUGCCAAGAAACCUCUGGGAUCGAUAGAAGAGAGAUCCUACAUCCAUCAUCAUCAUCAUCAUCAUCAUCAUCAUCAUCAUCAUCAUCAUCAUCGU